CAUGGCUCUAUGUGUCUUAUGGACUGUGACAGUGUGGUGAUCUGUCAAACUGGGAUUCUCAACAAGGCAGGUUGAGGGGCUCCAGGGUACUUGUUUUUGAUGCAGAGGAAAGUGGCUUUUCACUUUCCUCAUUUGUUUGUAAAGUCAAUUUUGAGACCUGGAGCCUGGAGAUUUCAAAGUGAUUUGGGAGGGAUGAAAUCUUCAAUCCUGGGACCAGGUUUUGGGAAUGGGCCAGGAGACUGAUUGGUCAGGUGUGCAUGGCU